AUGGCCGACUGCACUUCCAACUCAGGGCACUCUGCUCUUUCCGCUAAGCUGGACGCCCUCAUCAACGAGUUUAUCGCAGAUAAUCCGCUUUCAAGGGCUGCAUUUGAGAGAGCAAAGCAGGUCCUACCAGCGGGAAAUACACGCUCAGUCUUAUGCUCGGAACCCUUUCCCCUAACUCUAAAAUCGGGCGACGGACCCAUGGUAACGUCCCUGGACGGCCGUGAGUAUGUCGACUUCAUCUCGGACUUCUCUGCGGGUCUUUAUGGCCAUUCCCAUCCCGUAAUCAGCCAGGCGGUUUCUGAAGCUCUGGCUACCGGGUUCAGCUUAGGCGGGGUUCUGGUCUUCGAGAAUGGCUACCACGGCGGCACUAUAAGCUUCAAAACGGCGGAUAGCGUAAAUCCCAUGAACCUGCCUCAUGAUUUUGUUCUGGCCAAAUACAACGAUAUCGAUGCGACCAGACCAUUGAUUGACGACACCAUCGGUGCCAUUUUGAUCGAACCAAUGCAGGCUGCGGGUGGCAUGAAUCCGUCGUCAAAGGAGUUUCUCCAGUCUCUACGAGAUUCGGCAACUGCUGCAGGGGCGUUGCUGAUUUUCGACGAGGUUGUCACUUCUCGUUUUCAUUUCAAUGGCUUGCAGGGCGCCUGGGGUGUUCGACCGGAUCUCACGACCCUGGGGAAGUAUAUUGGUGGCGGGUUCCCGUUCGGGGCGUUUGGCGGUCGUGCCGAUGUUAUGAAUCAAUUCGAGCCAUCUGCAAAUGGUAGCCCUGGGCUUAGCCAUUCUGGCACGUUCAACAACAACGUUUUCACAAUGACGGUAGCCGUGGCAGCGGCGCAGCUGGUCACGGAGGAAUCGCUGGGUCGUAUCAAUGCAUUAGGGGACAGGCUGCGGGCGCAAGGAAAUGAGAUUGUGCAGCGGGCUGGGUUCGACAAGAUCUCGUUUACAGGGUAUGGCAGUGCUGUUGGUGUUCACUAUGCUGGGGAGUCGAGCGCGGCUCUACGCGAUGCUCUCUACUUCUACCUUCUCCGCAAGGGAAUCAUCAUCGGGCGGCGGGGAUUUGUUUCUCUGAAUUUGCAGCAUACAGAUGCUCUGAUUGACCAGAUGCUGCGGGCUAUCCAGGGCUUUGUCGGCGAGUAUGCUACGAUAUGCUGA